AUGCACGGCUCUGGGUAUGAAGCAGUUAAGACUGCCUUUCGUAUUGGGAAAUACGUGAAACCCAAAACUGUUGCAGUUGAAGUUGAAGCGAAUCCUAAAGGGAAAGGUAAAGCUGGUGGAAAGGCAAAAGCUGGCCCUGAGAAGACUAAGAAAACUCUAAAUGUUGCAAGAGGUAAAGCCAAACAAGAGAAUCCAGUACACGUUGAUGGUAGUGACGAAGAAUCUGACAGUGAGGAAAGUGAAAAAGGUAUUGUCGCCAUUGGGGAGAGUAUUGCCCUCAAGAAAGCUGUGUCGGAAUCUGGUGGAAGUAUGGCUACUAGAAACCCAGAUCUGAAAAGUGUGCAAGAUUUUGCUUCAACCAUUAAUUCCGAUGAUAGAGUUAAGGCAGUCAGAACGAGAGACGACCUUCCUGUAGAGUUAGACAUGAAAGCCCCCUUAGAUUGGUAUAUUGUGAAGAAACACCCAAGGACGGGUAUUAAGAAGAUGGUUGAGGCAUAUGGUGGCUCGCCCGAAUGGAAGCCUAAAUUCAUGUUUGUGAAGGCCUCCAAGAAUUAUUAUGUUGCAUGGAACUAUCGAGAAGCAGAAGGUCUCAGGGCUGUAAAGGAUGACUGGACGAAGGAAGAUGAUGAGCGCGUCGCGGAGCUUGACGACGAUCUUAAGAAAAUUCUGAAGUACCCGAAACUCAUUAAAUGGAGUGACGUGCAGCACUACAUUCCCCCUAUUCCUGUCGAGGAGGAAAAAGAUACUAAUGUCCUUGUCGAGGAAGAAAAAGAUGAAGAAGAGUCAACAACUGUAGUUGCUGGAGCCAAGAACAAAAGUAAGAGACUCGUGAAGGUCUCUGAGAAAGAGAAGAAAAAGAAGGCAGAUGUCGCCGCCUCAAAAUUAACAGUUCAAGGAGAGAAUAUCGUGAAGGGCCCUCUCGAGGAGGAAGCAACCAUCUUGCCUUCCCAUGUAUUCGAGGGAGGACCAACUGUGGCAGUCCACACCUUUGGCGAUCCUCCAACCAUUGAGUGCCCCUUGCUGGAAGAGUUUGCUGCACAGCUAACAGCAACAGACAUCGUGAGGCUGGUAAAUGAGUGCAUCCUCGAUGGCAUACUUGAUGCACCUAAGGAAAUUAAAGGAGGAGCUGGUCUAGGCUCGGAUCAAGAGGGACCAGGCGCUUGUCGAGAAGGCCGCUCUCGAGGAGAGGAAUCAGCAGAUACAAGCCAAAGAGCAGGAGUUAGCCUCUGUGGCAUGGCAGUGGCUAUCGAGGAGGUUAAUUUAGCGGCCACAGAGUAUAGAGCUCACAAAUUAGCUGUUGCAGGCCUCAAGAGGCUUAACGGAGACAGGCCCAUCAAGGCGAAGUGGUUCAAACAGUUCCUGAAAGAGAGCCCAAAGAAAACCAUGUAUGAGGCACUGGUAAAGGUUCUCACGAAGCUCAGUGGUGAGCGGCUGUCUUUAUGGGAGGCUUUAUGCAAAACCCUCGUUAAGAUGGGUACUCCUGAAGAUAUGGCCAUGUUUCCUGGUGAUCCAGCCACAGUCUUGUCCAAGGGCCCAAGCGAGAAGGAGCCAAUUCCUGAGGUUCCAGACGAGUAUAUCAGCAUCGAGCUCGAGGAAGAAGAUGAUGAGGCCUCAAGGGAGGACGUGACUGAUAUUGGCAACUCGGGAGUGCAGAAGAACGCCGGAGAGACAUCUCAGAGUCAUCCCGAGGAUGGUUCUACUGGACAAGAUGCUGUAUGA